CCUGUUCUUGCGGCGAAUCCGAAUAUACAGCGUGGAGGCUUACAACCGGGAUUUCGAGCUGCUGGUUCGUGCGUACGACAAGAAGGAGGUGGCACCGAUGGAGGCGGGCAAGACGGACGGAUACCGCAAGACCCUGAGCAGAAAUCCCUCCCUCACACUCCGCUGCACCAUGGACCGCUGGCGGGUGGUGUCCAGUCCGCAGAUGAAGGCGCUGGUGCACUUCUUCGUGGACUACAACCUGGGCCGACUCAACGUCCUGCAGCUGCAGCAGCAGCGUCGCUUCCCCGAUUCACAGCAGCAGCAG